AUGGGCCCAUACACAGAGGUGGCGAUUUUUCGACGUUUCGGCUCUUUGAACAUGAUAAAUUUGCUAUUUCUGCAGGCAGAACUUGUGGAACUUGAGAGAAAAUACAAAGAUAUCUAUCUAUUUGACGCCAAAGGCGCACCGGGAAUCCCUGCUCAACCUUUUUCACAUAAUUUCAAGAGCCUAAGAGAGUCCGACAAGACAACAAAUCAUGAGCAGCUUGAUAUGCUGAAGGAAAUUCAGUUGAAACUGGCAGCUUACAACACUGCCCUUUUGCACGCAUCUAAGCUAUCCCAACUGAGGAAGCCAGAGGCAGAUGAUCUUCGGGUCUUGCGUGAAUGGUUAGUUACUACAGAAGGGGGCCCCUUUCUACGCGUAACGGAAAAUGGUACAUGGGACGAUGAGAGGGACCUCGUUACCAUAAAUCCUCAGCUUGCGGAAGACGAAGUAAUUGUUCCUUGGUUUACAAACGGAUUCCUGGACAUUUACCACGCUUUUUUUGGGAGUAGAAGCCGAAGCAGAAAACGAGUCGAUGAAGAGAACAUACUCGUUUACGAUGAUACGCAUGUUGAACGUGUCAAUAAGAUCAUGAUCACCAUUAUAGCUUCAAUUCUUCCUACUAUCGCUAUCAUCGUUCUCUACGCUGUCAAGGAUACCUGGCGAAGGGUAUACAUUAUGAUUGGCUUUACGGCGGCUUUUGCUUUCUCCCUUGCCAUAUUCACUCCGGCUAGGAGAUUGGAAAUCUUCGCUUCUACAGCAGCUUUCGCGGCGGUUGAGGUUGUUUUCAUCGGUAGUGUGGAUUCUUGA